UCCCCCGGAACCCGGCGCCGCGGCUCCCUCCGCAGCGCCCAGCCCAGCCAGGAUUUCCUGUUGGGGAGAGCGGGCGCGCUGGCCGGCCUUCCGGGGACCCCGCCGCGCGGGGGGCGCGGGCAGCGCCGGCAGCGGCCUGGGCCGUGGCGGCGGCCUGGGCGGCCUGCGGGGCGCGGCCUGCGGGGCAGGGGCUGCGCUGGGGUCGGGGGCCGCCGCGCGGCCGGUGGGGUGGUGAUGGUGCGGGAACGGGUCACCCCCGGGCCCGGGUGCCCGCGGCGGUCCCGCUCCCGCGGCUGCCGCACUGGCCCGGGCGAGCGCGGCGCGCCGGGAGAGGGACCCAGGCGCUGAGGGGCAAAGCGAGGCCUGGCUCGUCCCGCCGAUAUCCGUGCUGGGCAGCCCGGCCUGGGCUGCGUGGGGACGAUCCCGCGCUUUGCGUGGGGCGGGUGGCCGGUUCCUGCGGCGGCCCGAGGCGGCUGAGCUGCGUGAGGCGUUUGGCGCCAAAGGUGCCUUAAGAGGAGCUGCGGUGGGAGCGCAGCGCUUCCCUUCUCUGCAGUGUCCCUGCCCGGAGCCUGUAACUCGUGCUUCGGGCUCUUAAUAAAGCGUGUGAUCGGAGCCCAAAUGUGGGAUAAAAUGUGUUAGUUCGGACUGCAGUUUUUCUUUCCUAGUAGUCACAGAGUUGGUGGGACACUGGCUGAUAGCACGUCAGUGCAACCCCCUGUAGGAAGUCGUCUAUGUUUAGCGUUUCUAACUUAAAGCAGUUCUUUGUUGUCCUUUAACUUGCUUGCUAAGGUAGCUCUUAUUUAGUGGCCGAAGCUGCAAUUUAGAGUUAAAUGUGCUGAAAGUUGUGAAUGCACAGCUUGGGGCACUUCAGCAUAUUUUUUAAUUUUUUUUUUUUUUUUAAAUUAUUCAAGACUUCUGAAGUAUCAGACUAAGCAGUUUCGUUGAAGUGUGUGCGCACGCAAAUACUUGCAGCGGUACAUAAAUCUGCUGUGUAAACAAGGUUAAGAACAUACAUGGCAGAUCAGCAUACACUAGAUGUAGGCUCUUGUUCGUGACCCACUUUCUUUGCUGAAAGCAGUUUGUUUUCUCAGAUUUUUUUAGGCCUAUGUGCCAGACAGAAACUGUCGAGGAAGGUUCCUCAUAACAAAACGGAUGCUUUAAUUAGAGAGACUGGUGCUUUUUGAGGUUAUUUUCAAGUUUAAAUUAAUCUGAGACAUACUCUUAAGGCUAUAGUACGAUUCAAAGGCUACAUCACAAGCCCUUAGAUUCUUCAUGUCAAUCAUAGCUGCUGUAACGUAACCUUUUUUGUAUCUAGUGCCAAGCUUAUCUCUGAAAGCUUUGUAUUUUGUUGGCAGUGACAACCCAAACUUUGGCUGGUGCCAGUGGUUCCCUCUUGUUGCAUAAUAAUAUUCUUUAGAUGUUGCAUUCUGUUGCAGAUAAUGGCCACGUUUGUGCUCUCUAUUUUUAAGGAUAAGACUUUUUUCCCAUCUGCAUUAUUUAAUGGAGUUAUGUUGCUGACGGGUGCUAAUUUAAAUUAAUGUAUGAACCUAAUUGGAAGACAGACCUGGCUAAAUACAGGCUUGACUAUGUUAACCACUAAGCUAUUCAACACUAUGUUUGCUUUCCUCAUCUCUCUUCUCAGAUCAGGUAUUUUUCAUCCGAUGCAUAUGUAGCCCAACACGAAGGUCAUGUUGCUGUUUAAACACACUUGAGAGAAUUUAAUUACAAGCACAACACAGUCAUAGAGGAAAGCUGAAAGCUAUUAAUAUAUUAGUGUAAUUUCCAUUAUCAUGAUAGAAGUGUGGAUAAUGUAAGCCUAUGAUAUUAAGAUUUAAAGUAUGACGUGUGAAAUCAUUGUCAAAAUGCAUUUGGAAGGGUGUGAUUCCCUUAGGAAACAAGACAGGAACUUUCUGAGUUUUUCAUGUGUAAGUUACUGUAAUCACUAUUAAAUGAUACAUAUAGUGAAAUCAUACCGAAGUUUUUAAGAGAUGCUACCAUGUGGAAGUGCACCUAGGUUUAAUGCAGACCUUCUGGUUCCUUUAAAAGUUACAAAACUUUUAAAUAAAAAUUUUUAUUUCAAUUAAAAGUUUUCAAUUGAAAUAAAAAACUUUUUGAAGAGUUGUUCUGAGUUCAGGUAUUCUGCUGUUGUAUCGGGAUGUAAAAGCAAAGCCACAAGUUGAUCCUAUUACUUAAAUUCUGUUAAUGAUCAAAACUGAGUGCUUGAUUAGGGAUUUAAAUAGUUGUUGCUAACUCUUUAUACACUGUACUUCCAAAAUAUUUUUGACCUUGGUGUGGAUAGGCAUAUAAAAUUAGUUAGAAAUGGCUAUUCUAAAUUUCUAGCAGUACUGUGCAAUGCUGGGAUCAGAUGGCAGCAUUUCUGAAGGUUGGAUCUGAAGAAGCAGGUUAAUCUUUUUGAAACAGGGGAAAGAGAAAGGCAUUGGAAAAGGGCAUUCUUUUUCCAGAUGUAAUGAGUGUCUUCCAAGCUGUCUUCCGAGUACUCUUCUGCUGCAUGCCACUUCAGUAGAGAAACUUGUUUAAUUACCAUUUUAUGAAAGUUUAUCGUGGGGUUUUUAGGAAUGAUUGCAAAUGUUACCACAGAUACAGGGUAUAUUAUUGAGUUCAUCUUCUGGUAAAUUGCAUUGCUGCAGUCCAUGCUUUUCUAGCAUAAGUAUAUCUCUUAGGAGCGUGCCUUGGAGAGGUACACUGGCGGCUGCGAGAUUUCUGUCUUAGCAGAUGUUCUGCAACAACUGGUUUGUGCCUGUUGGUUUUGAGCAGCUAUUCACCACUGCAGUGGUAGAAGGGGAAAUAGGACUGGGUACAGGAUCCUUGAGGCAGGACACUAGACUGAAAGGUGCUGCAGUAUUUUAAGCCAAACUUAAUCUUCUUCCUUUGGACUGCAGACUCUGCUGCUCUAUUAUCUGCAGGGUGUGGUGUGGUGUAGCCCAGGCUUCCCAGGCCGUAUGUUUUCCAGCUCCUCUGCCUCCCUACAGAGCCCAUUUCGCACACAGUUCAACCUAAACUCCGUUCAAGUGCUGUUCUAUACCCCUCUGGUAACAGCAUGUUGGUCGGCGUUUUAGAGAAUGUAUAAAACCCUAAAUCUAAGAUGAAGAUGAAAAAGCAGAAUGAUUUCCUAUUGAACAGGAAUAAAAUAGCAAUAAUAAUUUGAUGUAAGUUUUAGUUACCAGUUAAUUGUGGCACCUAGCUAAUGAUACUGUACAGAAUGCAUUGCAGUAACAAAAUGUGGAAGUUCAGGAGGUGAUUAAUGCAAAGAAGUCCAAACCCAGCAGAAGCUGUUCCCUAUUUUACUCAGUUGUAGACAAACCCCAUUGCUCACACCGUUGUGUAGGAGCUGUUAAAAGUCUGAAAACAUACUCCAGUUGCCGUACGAAUAACUAUAACAGUCUCAAGACUUUAUUUCAGAGCCAGGGUUGUUUUUAUUGUCUGAAAGGAUCCUCUUACUUGUGAGCAUUACCCAGCUGUUGUGCUAGCCAAGCUUGAUGAAAAUGUCAGUUACUGAAGAGUACCUUCUAACACAGUUCAGUGGAGUUGAUUUGUAACACUACAUAGAGUAGCAGCAGUACUUAACUAAGGGUGCUGCUUUGAAAUGGAAAUCUCAUUUUAAUUUUAAAUGUAUGUUAUUGUGCUAUAAAUAGUACUUUGCUUUUGAUAGUAUCACUGUGCUAUUGUAGUGUCACUGAGCGAUCUCGAGAGCAGCUGAAGAAGUUCUCUGGGAAGGGAAGAAAGGGAAAUUCUGACACUGGAGACCCUUCAUGGUAUGCCCCAGAAGAGUAUGGGUUGGGGGGACAACAACAUGUUGUUACUCAAGGGUUUCUUGACCUUACAGUACUGGUGCUUGGAAUGGUCAGCCAGGUAGAAACCAGCUUGGGGUUGAGUCCUCUUGAGAAAUUUUGUGAAUGCCAGUACUCAUUGGUUAAAAGUGAUUAAAUGUGCAUGUAUUCUGUUGGAAAGGCCUCUUUGGUUGCUGCUGUUAGUGCAUUAGUGACACAUAAUGUGAUUUUUAUUUUUGAGUUCAACGGUGUAAUUUUGCUAAGUUUUAACUUUCUUCCACUAGAUGGCCCAGGCAUGCUUCCAAGUACCCGAUGAGAACAUUUCUAAAUGAAAGUUAAAAUUCAACAUCACUAGGCACACGUAAACUUCUGUGAUGCUUUGUGCUUGUUUAAAAUCCAAACACUUUAUAUCAACCAAGAGAGUGUUGAUUAAUGUAAAUUAACCUGUGGUAAUGAAGGUUAUGUCAUGUAUGAUCUCCGAUGUCCCUCUUCUUUCUUGAUUAGAAGUUUCCUUAUUGCAUGUAGUACAGAGCAGUUUAGUUUUGCAUUGAGAUGGGAACUGAGGUACUGUUAGUCUGACAGUGUGUUCAACAGUAGUGGUUCAGGGAGACUCUGAAAAGGUGAUUUUAGGCUGAAGUUUGUCCCUAACAUCUAGGAAUGAAACUUGCAUUUUGCAUUUUUGCAUUUUGCUGCUUAAUUGUGCUGCGUAGGGGUUUGGUAACAAUUCUGCAGUUUAUUUCUCCAGUUGAGAUGUGGUCGGUGGGUUCUGGAUAGGUGUAGUCGUUAAAUAUAUGGACUGUAAUUUAAUUCACCUAUUUGUUGUCUGUCAGACAUCAAGUAUAAGCUUGUGGUCAAGGCUGUUUUGUUGGGUAGUGGAGAAAGACAGGUAUACACAGAAGGCAGCUCUUACCAUGAGUGUGGUCGGACACUGGGAUGAGGCUGAAGAAGCAGUGGGAUGUGCAUCCACAGGGACAUCUAAAACUCAAUAGAGCUGAGCCCUGUUGAGCUUGUUGGGCCAGCUCUGGCUGGAAGAUUGAAUUAAGUGACCUUAAGAGGUCGCCUAGAGCCUCAGGAGUUCUGUAGUUCCAAAAAGAGGCUUUAUUAGUUCCUUUUCUCUACUAGUGUUUAAAACAAAAAGAAACACAAGGAAAGUAAAUAGUAUUUCUGAAUUCAUUCCUAAAUUAAGUAUUUUGCAUUAAUUUCCAGCUUUCCUUUUGCUUCUGAAGACCUUGAUGUGGUGGUAUUAGGUCACCAGAAGAAGUGUGUGUGUUGUGUGCUCUUUUACUUCUUAAAUUGCACAUGCUGCCUCCCCACCAAGAAAAAAAGCCAGCCAUGUAAAAGGAAUGCUGUAUUCCUUCUUUCAUUGCUGCACUUGCCAAAUGCCCUCUCUGUCCUAUUGUUUUAUAUCAUUACUCCCAGUGUCUCCCUUUAACAGGGAUAGUAGAUUUUCUUGUUUUCCUGUUUCUCUUUUGCUUUAUGGAAGAGUCAGCUGUUCCUUCCUCUGCAUCUGACUCUCUGCUCCCUUUUUCCUUCCUUUCACAAUUGUCAGUAUUUGUCCUGGCCUGCCACCUUCCUGCUCCCCUUCCCUUUUCUUGCUGAAGACAAAUCAACAUGUCUGUGUGUACUAAAAGGAUGGACAUAAAUGGAGUGUUAUUUUGGUGAAGGGGAUAUUGCUGCCUGCAGUCAGUUCUGUAGACAAAGAGGUGAUCUGCUCCUGUUCCUGGCUCUACUGCUGUGUGUUGGAGUUCUGCAAGUUUGCAGUAUUUCCAUCUUCCUUUCUAAUUUCUUCUAAAGGCAAUAGCUUUCAGUUUAUUGAGCAAUAUGCCACACAGAUUUUGCCAGUUGAGCCAGGUGCAGAGAACUUGGUUUUGUGGUAGAAGUGUGUGUUUAAUGGGAUUUCUUUCUGAACUGAUAUACUGCAACUUUGUGUAGGAAAUUGUAGUCGCAUGUAGCUGCAAGGCCUUGCGACUGCUAUUAUUAGUAGUACAGGCUUAACUUCACUUGUGACUGCAAACUAAACUGAUGAAAGUAAUUCCAUUUUUAGCAUCUUGGUAGUGGAAAACAUAGCUAUAGGACUAAAAUGUUAAUGAUGUAUUUUGGUUAGUAGCGUGAGACGAUCACCUAAGCAAUAUGGGAGAAUUUUUCAGCUCAUCUCUCAGUCAUGUGUCAAUCCAAAUUUUGCACUUAUGUUUUUUGUAACUGGACAGAUGAAGCAGGUAGUAGUGUUUGUUUUCAGGCAGACAUUUAGUUCAUGUAUCUGAUACAUGUGGUACAAUAAUAUAGGCUUAUUGCAUCAUUUUUGAAGCUAAGGGUACAGAAAUUGUGUUUUAGUGUGGACAAAAUGAAGUGACAGUGAUGGGCGAGAUGUCAGAAAGGUGUUGUGUUUCAUAACUAUCUAAAGGCAUUUGCAUAGAGGUACCUCUUAAACAUGUGUAGGCGUUUUGGAUAAGUGACUGCAGUGCCUUAGGGCGUGUGGAUAGCAGCCAUGCUGUAGUACCAUUUGAAAGCUGGGCAGAGCUGCAGGAGGUUGCAGUGUCAGAUGUCACUAGUAGAUUUGGGAAAGAAACUUUUAGAAGCUGCACGAGCAGGUCAAGAUGAUGAAGUUCGCAUUUUGAUGGCAAAUGGAGCACCUUUUACCACAGAUUGGUUGGGAACAUCUCCACUUCAUCUAGCAGCACAGUAUGGACACUACUCAACAACAGAAGUGUUGCUGCGAGCAGGUGUAAGUCGGGAUGCCAGAACCAAAGUGGACAGAACUCCAUUACAUAUGGCAGCAUCAGAAGGCCAUGCCAGCAUAGUAGAAGUCUUACUUAAGCACGGUGCUGAUGUCAAUGCGAAGGACAUGCUCAAAAUGACUGCACUUCACUGGGCUACUGAACAUAACCACCAAGAAGUUGUAGAACUCUUAAUAAAGUACGGAGCAGACGUUCAUGCUCAGAGUAAAUUUUGCAAAACGGCGUUAGAUAUUGCGGUAGACAACGGAAAUGAAGACCUUGCAGAAAUAUUACAGAUUGCAAUGCAGAACCAAAUCAAUACAAAUCCAGAGAGUCCGGACACUGUGACGAUACAUGCAGCAACACCGCAGUUCAUCAUUGGACCUGGAGGGGUGGUGAACCUAACAGAUGAAACAGGAGUGUCUGCUGUACAGUUUGGAAAUUCAUCAACGUCAGUAUUAGCCACGUUGGCAGCUUUAGCAGAAGCAUCAGCUCCACUGUCUAAUUCUUCAGAAACACCAGUUGUGGCCACAGAAGAAGUUGUGACUGCAGAAUCUGUGGAUGGUGCUAUUCAGCAAGUUGUCAGUUCUGGAGGUCAACAAGUUAUUACUAUAGUGACAGAUGGCAUUCAGCUUGGUAAUCUGCAUUCAAUUCCAACCAGUGGAAUAGGGCAACCAAUCAUUGUGACCAUGCCAGAUGGACAGCAAGUAUUAACAGUUCCAGCAACAGACAUUGCUGAAGAAACUGUGAUAAGUGAAGAACCGCCAGUGAAGAGACAGUGCAUUGAGAUUGUUGAAAAUCGUGUGGAGUCUACAGAAAUAGAAGAAAGAGAAACUCUUCAGAAACAGCUGGAUGAGGCAAACAGAGAAGCACAAAAAUACCGUCAGCAGCUUCUAAAGAAAGAACAAGAAGCAGAGGCCUAUCGGCAGAAGUUAGAGGCAAUGACCCGCCUCCAGACUAAUAAAGAAGCUGUUUAAUAAAAGUGAACAUACUGCAAAGCCUGUUACUUUCCAAAACCUGCAGUACAAUCUUGAACUGUGCGCUAUAUAGGUACAGACGCAGGAUUACAUGAUAGAGAAGAUGCUACAAGUUGAUAACUGGACUUAAGCCGUGAGCUCUGAUUAAUUUCUUGUAACAUAAAAACUCUGAAUUUAGAAAUUGUGAAAAGUAUUUAAAAUGAAAUACUGUAAAUAGUUGGUUUUUUUACAGUUUCAAAAUGAGUUGAUAAAUCUUUUUGAAGGGAUCCAGAAACACGAGAAGCCAAUGUUUUUGUGGAAUUUUUGAUUUUACUAUGAAUCUAACUUCUGAAAAACAGAACAGUUUUAAGGGUGAUGUUGUUGAUUUAAGCUGACAACUUGAAAAUUAAUUAUGUGACAAAAUGAAUUAACAGUUAUUUCUACAUGGUAACAACUUAAACUUCUCUGAAUAAGACAUUUCCAGGUGGAAAUCUUUGUACAGCUUUAAGUAGUUGUCUCAGAUUCUCUGAAAACCAUUUUUGGGGGUUUUUUUUAUUUUAGGUGGUGAAAUUUUUAUAUUUAAUUUCGGAUAUAUCCAAGUAGAUUUACAUGUAUAUGAAGCUAAUAUUUUUUAAACUUUUCAGUUUGUACAUAUGCUGCAUGUUUUUAUAAUUUCUACACAUACAUCUUGCAUAGGUAUUUUUCAGCAAAGAUGAGGAAAAUUAUAAGGAAAAUUAUGAGGAAAAUGCUUAGCGCUUAGGUCAUUGGAAGUAAGCAGCCAGUUUAAUUGUGGAUGGUAUAUUUGUUGGAAGAAUGUAAUUUGUAAUUAAAAAGAACAAAAAAAAAAAAAUCUUAAUUUACAUAUUAGAGGUGAUUUAAAAUUUGGGAGUGGAGGCAUCGAAACUUCACUUUGUGUCUUACGAUUUCCAUGCACAAGCAUUCAAAAGUUCAGUAAUGAAUAGGAAAGAAUGUCUCCACUGGAACACAAAUAGUAGUUCUUUUAGGAUAUUCCUAUUGAUCUCUUUUCCCCAAUAGCCUUGAAAUCAUUUCCGUGAUACCUUUUUUUCUAAACGGACUUUUGCAUUUUAAUUAUGCAAUUGGACAAGUAAUUUUUUUAUGUUGUGAUGCUCUUACCCAGCAUCAUUGUUCUUCACUGUGAUACUGUGUUUGUGUGUGUCUGUGCAGUGAUCUAUUAUGCUUAGGAUUUAUAUAGCACAUUACAUCUUCAGAGCAUUGUAAAAUCUUUUAAAGAGCCCUUACUGUACUGCCUGAGGCAGGUAAGUGAGUGUUAUUGUCUCAAUUUUAUAACUGAUACAAGUGCAACACAGGGAGCGUUAAACGACUGGCCCAAGACCACAUGGGUCUGUGGUAAACCUGGGAAUAGAUCUCAGGAGUUCCUGGCUUCUAGUCCUGUGCUUAGACUGAGCUGCCUUAAGAUUGUUCAGUGCUGUGUUACAUGAAAUUUUGAACUACUGUGCAGAUUCCUUUUUUUGUAAGAUAAAACUCUUUGUGCUUUG